CUUGUCGUAGCGAAUUAUCAAACAAUCCGGCAGUAAUGGCGUACAAUGCGGUGUUGGUACUGUUUGACGUACUGGCGUUCUUCGUAAAAUCCGUCUACAUCAUCGCCCGCGGACUGUUCGAGAUACUGGUGCUGCCACCGGCGCGGGAUGUUAGCAGUGAUAUCGUUCUCAUUACCGGCGCCGGUCACGGAAUGGGCAAGAACUUAUCGUUGCAGUAUGCCGCACUCGGCAGCACUGUGGUGUGCGUGGACGUGAACGAGAAGACAAACCAGGAGACGGUUGCCACUAUCAAAGCAAAGGGUGGCAAAGCGUUCGGCUACACCUGUGACGUCACUAACCGUCAACUGGUAGUCGACACGUGCAAGCUCAUUCGACAUCAGGUCGGAAUUGUCAGCAUUCUGAUCAACAAUGCGGGUAUCAUGCCGACUCACUCGCUGCAGCAACAAUCCGAGAACGAAAUCCGCAAAACAUUCGAUAUUAAUGUGUUGGCACACUUCUGGUUCAUCCAAUCGCUACUGCCCGACAUGAUUAAACAGAAUCGAGGCCAUAUUGUGGUGCUGUCGUCGAUCGCCGGUAUGAUCGGAUUCAAAUAUCUGGUACCGUACUGCGGUACGAAGUUUGCCGUGCGCGGCAUCAUGGAGGCAUUGUCGGAGGAGCUUCGUGCAGAUCCAGCAAAGCCAAACAUUAAGUUUACCACAAUAUAUCCGUACAUGGUUGACACGGGUCUGUGCAAAAGGCCGUACACUCGCUUUCCGAACCUGCUGAAGAUGGUAAAGACUGACGAAGCGGCUGCCGCUAUCAUCGACGCUCAGAGACGUGGGCUGAUCGAGGCGUCCAUUCCGAAGUAUCUGCUGUAUUUGAACACCUGGUUUCGGAAUCUGCCACUGCGAGUGGGUCAGGAGUUUGGUGAUCUGCUCGACACUGGUCUGCAGUCCGAUCUAUAAUAGGCU